AUGGUUCCCAACGUGAAGCACGAUGACCUUUCGGAGACGGAAGAAAGUGAAGAGGAGCUUGAAGAACAAGGACAGAGGAGCGCGAGUUGGAUGAUGGAGAACUGGGUCGCAACAAUAUUUUCGAUGAUAUUCCUUGAAGGCGAAACGACAGAUGGAGAGCGAUCCAAAUCGGACAAGAAAUUCCCAAUGCUGAAAAGACGGUUAGCCACUUCGAAGAACGAACAACGAACAAACAACAACAACGAACAACGACGAACAUGA